GGAACAAAAGGACCAAAGAUUGAUCCCUCCGGGUCUACGGAAAAGAUAACGUUUCCACUAUUCCCGGGAUCCAAAGCGAGAGAUAUUUUACGACAGAGCGCACAUGAAAAAUUAAACUUUCCCCCCUUAAACACAAAUAUCAAGGUUGGAUUUUGAUACUUCACAGACGUCAAUUAAAGGGUUUUGGAAGAAUGGGUUGGCAUGAGCUCCUAUGGAUUGGAAAACUACUUGUCCUUAUGCAAUUGGUUCAAGGGGUUGUUGGUUGGGGAAAGGAUGGUCAUUAUGCUGUUUGCAAGAUAGCUGAGGGAUAUCUUACUAAAGAUGCUCUGGCUACAGUAAGGGAACUGCUCCCUGAUUUGGCUGGUGGUGAGCUUGCAUCGGUAUGCUCCUGGGCUGAUGAGAUAAAGUGGUACUAUAAAUGGCACUGGACUAGUCCCUUGCACUACGUUGAUACCCCAGAUUUCAAGUGUAACUAUAAAUACUGCCGGGACUGCCAUGAUUCUUAUGGACAUAAAAAUAGUUGCGUAACUGGAGCCAUUUUCAACUAUACAAAUCAACUUUUUUCAGCAUAUCAGGGAUAUAAUCCUCAGUUGAGUUACAACUUGACAGAGGCGCUUAUGUUCUUAGCUCAUUAUAUUGGGGAUGUCCAUCAGCCAUUACAUGUUGGCUUCAUAGGAGAUUUAGGCGGGAAUACAAUUACAGUCCACUGGUACCACAGGAAGACAAAUUUACACCAUGUCUGGGAUACCAUGAUUAUUGAUUCUGCUUUGAAGACAUUCUAUCGUUCAGAUCUUGCAGUAAUGAUUCAAUCCAUCCAGAGGAAUAUUACUGAUGAUUGGUCCAACUAUAUAUCGUCAUGGGAGAAUUGUGGACAUAAUCAAACUGUUUGUCCUAACCUGUAUGCUUCCGAAAGUGUUAGGUUGGCAUGCAAGUUUGCAUACAGGAAUGCCACUCCGGGAAGCACAUUAGAAGACGAGUACUUCCUUUCUCGGUUGCCUAUUGUUGAGAAGAGGCUUGCUCAAGGUGGGAUUCGCCUUGCCGCUGUGCUCAACCGUCUAUUUAAUUCCGAAGUGAAAAUUGCUUGAGGAUGAAGUAUGCAUUUGUAAAUGAAGUAGGGGCCACAGGCCACUCUAGUAUCCCUUUGUCAACUCUUUCAAGAAAAUACUGAUACAUCAACUAGUGGAAUAGCGAACUUAUAGUGAAUGAUUACCUGUUUUCAGAUUGUGUA